UCUUACAAGAUUCGAGAGAAAAGCGCGAGUGUCUCGACGACCAUCACUUCCGACUCGGAUCCUCCGCAGAGCUUGCGUAUGCGAGCAGCGAGAGCACGCCGAGCAGGACGAUGGAGACGACGCCGUUGAGGAAGAGCGGGAGCGAGGGGUCCGAAAGCUCGGGCGGGUCCGGAGCCGGAGCUGUAGGAGGGUGGGUAUACCAUCUGGGCGUGAACUCGAUCGGGCACGAGUACUGCCACCUCAGGUUCCUCUUCAUUCGGGGCAAGUACGUAGAGAUGUACAAGCGUGAUCCCAGCGAGAACCCCGGCAUUAAACCCAUUAGGAAGGGUGUUGCAGGGCCCACACUUUUGGUGCAGGAGCUAGGGCGUCGGAAGGUCAACCAGGGAGAUCUUUAUGUUUUAAAGUUUUACAAUCGGUUGGAUGAGGCGAAAAAGGGAGAAAUUGCUGUCGCUAAUGCUGGAGAAGCCCGAAAAUGGAUGGAGGCCUUUGAUCAUGCCAAGCAACAGGCUGAGUAUGAGCUCUCAAAAGGAGGUAGUACGAGAAACAAACUGAACAUGGAGACCGAGAUCAAUCUGGAAGGACAUCGACCUAGAGUGAGGCGAUAUGCACAUGAGUUAAAAAAGCUUAUAAGAAUUGGGCAAGGUCCAGAGACGCUUUUGCGCCAAUCUUCGGAUUUGGGUGCUAGAGUUAGGCCAGAUCGGUACAGUGAAGUAGACAGUGGAGAUACAAUUGAGGCACAUGAGUGGAAAUGCGUGCGAACAAUUAAUGGUGUUAGAAUCUUUGAGGAUGUUGCUGAUUCCCAGAGUGGUAAAGGAGUUCUUGUGAAGUCAGUUGGUGUUAUUGAUGCAACUGCAGAUACCGUUUUUGAAGUGAUUUUAAACAUUGACCGACGUCAGAGAUAUGAGUGGGAUACGUUGACAAGUGACUUGGAGGUGAUAGAUUCUUAUGAUGGGCACUAUGACGCUGUCUAUGGGACAUACGAUCCAAAAUAUCUCACUAGGUGGCAUUCCAAGAGAGAUUUUGUCUUCUCCCGGCAAUGGUUUCGCGGACAGGAUGGAACAUAUACUAUCUUGCAAUUGCCAGCUCCAGCUUUAGAUAAAAAGAAGCCUCCAAGAUCUGGUUAUCACCGUACAAAAAUCAACCCAUCUACCUGGGAGAUUACAAGUUUAAACACACCCAUUGGUUCAAAUGCUCCAAAAUGUCUUGUAACUCAAAUGUUAGAGAUACAUUCUUCACGAUGGUUUGGAUGGAAGCAAAACCACUGCUCAAAGUUUGAAAAGAGUGUUCCUUACGCACUACUAUGCCAAGUGGGAGGUCUAAAGGAAUAUAUCGGAGCAAACCCUGCUCUCAAAUUUGAAUCUGUGACCACAGUCAUCCAUUCAAAAAUCUCUGAUGUUUCCUUCUUCAAUAGUGAAUAUGACGACGCAGAAGUGCAGGAUGAGUUUUAUGAUGCAAUUGCUGGUGACUCAUCAUCAUCCUCAGAAGAUGAAGAAAGUGACAAUGAUGAAGAACAUGACAAUAAGGAAAUGAAAGCGAAGCUGAAGAAUAUUUCUUGGGCCAUCACAGGCUUAGCUUUGAAGCGAACAUCAGCUCGAGAUGCAAAUAAGGAACUAGAACCUACUGUAACUCCUAUGAUUAUUGAUCCAACCCAGUUUCAUGGUUCAUUGCACAAAGGAAAGGAUGACACAGGCACAAACUGUUGGACUUCUCCAAGUGGUACGGGAUUUAUGAUCAGAGGAAAGAAUUACCUAAAAGACAAUAUGAAGGUAAUGGGAGGAGACCCGCUUCUCAAGCUCAUAGCCGUUGAUUGGUUCAAAGUCGAUCAAACCAUAGAUGGGAUUGCACUGCAUCCUAGGUGUCUUGUUCAGUCAGAAGUAGGAAAAAAACUUCCAUUCAUCCUUGUCAUUAAUCUCCAGGUUCCUGCCAAACCAAACUAUGGUUUGGUCCUUUACUAUGCUGCAGACAGACCUGUAAAACAAAGUUCUUUGCUGGCUAAAUUUGUGGAUGGAAGUGACAUGUUUCGGGAUGCAAGAUUUAAACUAAUUCCUAGUAUUGUUGAGGGGUAUUGGAUGGUCAAGCGUGCAGUUGGAACAAAAGCUUGCUUAUUGGGGAAAGCUGUAACCUGCAAAUACUUGAGACGAGACAACUUUCUGGAGAUUGAUGUGGAUAUUGGAUCAUCCUCAGUAGCAAAGAGUGUCAUUGGCCUUGUUCUGGGAUAUGUCACAAGCAUAGUUGUUGACCUUGCAAUUUUGAUAGAGGCGAGGGAAGAUGCAGAAUUGCCUGAGUACAUUCUUGGUACUGUUCGACUAAAUCGUGUGAGGCUCGACUCUGCUGUACACUUUGAAAUUUGAGGUUUUCAGAUGCCAACAUUCUUUAGUUAUCUUGGUCGUCAUGAUUGAUACUAUAAAGUUAAUUAGGGCCCUUUUUCCAAUGUUUUCCACUCUAUAUAGAAUAAACCUUCACAGAAGAGAUUUGACAUGUAAAAUCGAGUGAUAUAUGAAAAGAAAGCCUCCAUAUGUCCAA